AUGGCCGCCUUCCAUGCUCUCGAUCCAUGGACCAUGCUCGACACGUCCGCCCGCCAUCAAGCGCUGCGCAUUGGCCUCUACCUCAACGACAAGUACUCGAUCGACGGGCGCGAUCCGAACGGCUACGUCGGCGUCGGCUGGUCCGUCAUGGGCGUGCACGACAUGGGAUGGGCGGAGCGCGCCGUCUUCGGUAAGAUCCGAUACAUGAACUACAACGGCUGCAAGCGCAAGUUCGACGUUAAGCAGUAUGUCGCAGAGUGGUCUGGCAAAAAGGCUGCUGCUGGCUCCACGUCGGCCGGCGCCAAGUCGGCGUCCGCCGGCAGGGCCAAGGCUGGCGGCAAGGCAAUGAAACAGACGACUCUCGGCGGCGGCAGCACGGCGGCGGCGGACGACGAGCCGAGGGCCAAGGCGCCGCCGCCGAAGAAGCCAAAGUUGGCCAUCCCGAUUUGA